AUUUUUGCACUCAUUUCCCGCUGGUUUUAGUAUUUGAAUUGAAAUUUAUACAUAAAUAAAUAGUAAACAAUCCACUUGGUGUCUCGGUUGCCCUAUUUUCAAUACCAGCGAGUGGCUCGGCUCGUUGUAAACAAACAAAGACGAAUCAUUAAGAUCCACUAUCUGCGGUGGGUCGCCCUCGAGUGAUAAAAUGUAAAUGCUCGAGGCGGUAGCAGACCCGAAUCGGGGCGCAUUGAUUGGAACACGGCUGCUGAUGCGACAUGCAUAUCAAUUAAUUACACCGCCAUGGCGGUGGCGGCUGUUACAUUUGGCUGGGCAGCGACAGCGGACACUGCGUCAUGUGGGAUUGGGUAAUGGAUUACAAAAAAAUACAAGAGCUGGCGACUGAUUGCAAAUCGCUGGACACUCUCUGUGGCUCGGCCUGGGCGCAUGCAGUUGGCCGAAUUUAUUCAAAUCAGUUUAGUUCCGUUUGAGGAAGAGUCGAGGUGUCUGGUGUCUCUGGGAGUGGAUCAAUCGUAUCAAUUGCAAUGUGCAAAUACGUCUUAAUUGCUGCACUGGCCGUGGUAAUGUGCCUGCAGCUGCCCGACGCCCGCGCCACGCUGCACGACUUCCACGAGGUAUUUGACUUCUCCAACGUGGAUCUGGCGAACUUUCAGUACUUCAAGAACCUGGCCUCCCAGGAUCCGCGCACGGCUGCCACCGCCAGUCCCCUGCUCGAGCACUUUCAGAAAAAGAAGGCCGUAUUGGACUACCUAGACCGCCUGUUCUUCGGCAACUCACCCUUCCAGCAGGCCAGCGAGAUCCCCUUCGACCCACACUUUGGACGCGCUUGGCGGCCACACUACGAGCGCAAGUUUGGCUUUCGCGGCGAACGACUGAUAGCCGCCCUGGGCUCUGGCUACUCCGUCCGGCAGCUGCGACACUUUGGAGCCAUUCCCCAGGAGUUCGGCACGCCUCACUAUCCCAGUUGAGAGAACCACAUUCGUGCAGUGGAAAAGUAUGGAGUUUCGGUUGUAUUUAUG